AUGGCCGCCGAGAACACCGUCACCGACCCUACCACCGAGCUCGAGAACAAGGGCAAGGGCAAGGCCGUCGCCAGCGAGGAGCCCGUCGAGCAGAGCGAGGCCAUGGACGAGGAUGAUGACUCUAGCGAAGAGGAGGAGGCUAACGAGGACGAUGGUAUGGACGAGAUCGACCUGAACAACAUUGUUGAGGGUGGUCGCCGCACCCGUGGCCGUGUCAUCGACUUCGCCAAGGCUGCCGAGGAGAACCCUGCCGACGACGAGGACGAUGAGGAGGACGAUGACUUCCAGGCGCCUGCCGACGAUUCCAAGAUGGAGGAGGACUAA